AUGAUCAACGUGAACGUCCUCAUCGAGAGGAACGUGUCGCUCAAGUUCCCCCUCAUUUCCCUGUGCAACAAGAACGUCUCACUUUUCCAGAUGAACACGACUCGGCUGAAGCUCCUGCUGACGACGCCGAACCGGAAAGGCAUGACAUGGGAGAGGAAGGCUCAGAAGCCCUGGUACAACGCGAAGAUGGAGGAGUUGGUCGGCUUCAAGAACCUCACUGCCCGGGAAUUGUGGGAUUUCACGGCUCACGACAUCUCGCGAAUGACCAUCGAAUGCUGGUUCGGACGGGGUGUGAGGUGCGACGAGGUCGGGCAAUGGUAUAAGAUCGACACCCACAUAGGGGUUUGCUACACCUUCAAGAGAAGUGAGUCCUUUGAGGUCCAUGUCGUUUCUAAGGUUCGGGACUGGCGAAGCUCGAGUUCGGCCGCUCGAGGAGCCGGCGGGUGGGGGUUGAAAAAUUCCCAGGUGAUGACGAGUGGGAUGUUCAAUAACUUCUACCUGAGGAUGGUGGACACCGACGAGAUCCACAUCGACCCAAAGGAAGUCGGCUGGAAGAUCUUCCUGCACGACUCCACGGACUCGCCAGUGGUGGAUAUCCGCACCCACGGCUUCACCCUCUUUCCCGGUUGGAGCAGUGACGUCCGCAUCGACCUGCGCGAUUUCAACACGUUAAACACGAAGCAGCGACCUUGCAACGAAAGUCACGAGUACAGCGAGUCCAAGUGUAAAACUGAAUGCUUCGUGAGGAAGGUGUACGAGAGUGCAAACUGUAGCCUCCCUUAUAUGUCCCGUAAGUCAUCGAUCUUACCUUCGGGAUCUGGAUUCCCAUCGCUCGGUCCAGUCAGCCGGGUCAUGAGCCAUCCCGUCACAACGCGGGGCGUUCAAUCCAUUGAGUUAUGGCUGAAGUCACGACCCCACUGA